GUAUAAAUGAUCCUCAGAAGUUUUUGCCUGCUACAGUGUGUGUGUGUGUCUGUGUGUGUGUCAGUGUGGGAGGAAAAGAAAAAAAAAAACGGCGUGCGAGUGUGAAUUUAUUUAUGAGAAACCGUUUAAAACUGAAUUAUUUUGCACUAAAUAAUAUUUAAGGCAGCUUUGCUAUAACUACAGGAAAACAGCCCACUCCUGGAGAACCCAACACUGUCACCAUGGUUGCUACCAGCACAUUAAAGACCAAAAGCAGCGAAUGUAUCUCAGAAUUGGUUGACCGGAGAUACGACCAGGCGUGCAUUGAGAAAGAACUGGAUUUCUGGGAUCACUGUUUAGCUGAGCCCCAGAGGAAUGCAGAUGUCACUGAGGACAGAACUUGUCAACAGCUGGCCAAGAUGUUCGAAAACUGCCUGUCACGAGCCAAGAAGACGACGCUGCACUGCUCCUCUGUGCUGGUACCAGAGAACCUCACGCGGAGAAUAGCUCGAGAAGUCCUGCGGCUGGCAUCUUGCGAGCCCUGCGGCCUGCGUGGCUGUGUCCUCUACGUCCACCUGGAGCUGGACAAGGGCUGCAAGCGGCUGGAGCGCAUCGUGUACGAUGCCACUGUGGUGCCCACAUUUGAGCUGACUCUUGUGUUCAAACAGGAUGGCACCGCCUGGCCCAGCCUAAGGGACUUCCUUUUUAUGGGAACCUGCUUUGCCCCGACUUUUAGGCACGUACUUAAACUAAGCCCCGGUUUCCGGCUUGUAAAGAAAAAACUGUACUCCUCCUCGGCUGGUACCGUGGUAGAGGAGUGCUGAACUAUGGGAGGGACUAAAAGUGGGAUAUCGGGUUUCCUGUGGGUAAAUGCACUUCUGCCCAAAUGUAAAUGAUACUCCAGCGGUGUCAUAUUUUCUACAGUGUUUUUGUACAAUAUAGUUUGUCCGUUCAACUAUUAGUAGCCAGUCGGUUCAGCUUAGAGCAAGGGAUAUAAAGUUAAAAGCUUAUGCAUAAUUGAGCCUGAUAGUUCUGGGUUUGGCUUCAGUGUUUCUAAAAGUACUGUUUGUUUUCUUUUUAUCAGCAAAAUUGUAAUAUUCUGGGUGUUUGGGUUUUUUGUUUAGUUUUUUUCUAAUCAGAGCAUUUGUUGCUCAAACACAACUUUAAAUUGUACAUUUUGCCGAUGAAUGUAAAAACCAUGUUCACAUCAACAUGUUGGAGAGGGACAUACUGUGGGUACACUUUUGUUAAAGACACUAGCCACUUUGUUGAUGCAUCUGCCUGUUUCCAGAUCCAAUGAAUGUGUUCAGCAGCAGUAAACACACCUAGGCUUGAAUAGGAGACUUAAACUUAGUCUUUUGGGGCCAUAUGUAGCUAGUUGUGUAAUGCUGUAUUUAGGGCUGUGGAUGUUUUUAAGACUGAAUGUCCUGUGAAGAUGCUGCUGUCGUGGUGUGGGCUUCUCGCACUAGGGCAAUGUUGAUGCCUUAAAUGUCAUAGAAAUGCAAUUUCUUUUUUUUCUUUUUCACUUUGAUCACAGCUAUGUGUAUGUGUAGUGUAAGUGUUUUAUUACAUUUUUGUUUUUAUACCCUCUCCCAUACAGACACGCCUUUUCAAUGCAGAGCCUUUAUAGAUCAUUAAAAGGAUGGUUCACCCAAACAGUAUUUGUUUUUACAUAAUUUGUUAACCGGGACGUGUAAAGAAAUUACUGGAGGUCCAGCUAGUAAUUGGUGAAUGAAUUCCCUUCAGUUUUUAUUUGUAUUUUUUUUAUUUUUUAAUGCCAUUUCAAACUUCCUGCUAAAGGAAACCAGAUCUUGUCUAUUAGACAAUAAAACAUUUAAACCCUA